AUGUACAUGUAUCUGGGGCUCUGUUUGGUCUUUGCAGGAGGCGAUUUUACAAAUCACAAUGGAACUGGUGGUAAAUCCAUUUAUGGCGAGAAGUUCGAGGACGAAAACUUUGACCUGAAGCACGAGGGAAGGGGAAUCCUUUCAAUGGCAAAUGCUGGUCCUGGUACCAAUGGAAGCCAAUUCUUUAUCUGCACCGUUGAUACUCCUUGGCUAGAUGGACGACACGUGGUCUUUGGAAAAGUUGUUGAUGGACUUGAUGUCGUCGACAAGAUCGAAUCUGUAGGCUCACAAAGUGGAGCCACUGCAGCACCCGUUACGAUCAAAGAAAGCGGAGAGAUUCUUGACUAA